GCUGCGGUCACACUAAAAGCGAACAGCAACAAUUGCAUUGCGUAGAAAAAUAAAGUGCUUAAAACGUAUAAAAGUUCUGUACCAAUUUUUUUUUGAUUGGACACUUAAGUAAGACGCGAAUUGCAUCAAAUAAAAGAAACCAUACCAAAGGCGAAUAGCAAUCGAUAUAAUUGUUUUUGUAUCCUACACUCUGUAUAUGUUCUUUGUUCUAUAAAGAACCUGUGAGUGCAAGUGCCACUGUGUGUGUGUGUGUGUGCGUGGUGAGCGAGCGUGUUUGUGCGUGUGCGUGUAGGUGCGUGCGUUUGUGUGUGUGCGUGUGUUGUGCGAGUGCCGUAACGUGAAAUGGCAAAGAAAACGUACGAUUUACUUUUUAAACUUCUGCUAAUUGGCGAUUCCGGCGUUGGAAAGACCUGCAUACUAUUCCGUUUCUCGGAUGAUGCAUUCACAUCCACAUUUAUAUCGACCAUAGGAAUCGAUUUCAAAAUCAAAACAGUCGAACUCAGGGGCAAAAAAAUUAAACUACAAAUAUGGGACACAGCCGGACAGGAGAGAUUUCACACAAUCACCACAUCCUAUUACCGAGGCGCGAUGGGCAUAAUGCUCGUCUAUGACAUAACAAAUGAGAAAAGUUUCGAGAAUAUAGUCAAAUGGUUACGGAACAUAGACGAGCACGCAAAUGAGGAUGUGGAGAAGAUGAUAUUGGGCAACAAGUGCGAUAUGUCGGACAAGCGUGUUGUCAGCAAAGAGCGCGGCGAAGCGAUUGCAAGGGAGCACAGCAUACGGUUUAUGGAAACAUCCGCCAAAGCAAAUAUAAACAUUGAGCGCGCAUUUUGUGAACUUGCCGAGGCCAUAUUAGAUAAAACAUCGGGCCGAGAAUCGUCCGAAAAUCCCGAAAGGGUUGUCAUCGAUCGCGGCAAUAGCGAUAAGGCGACGAGCUACAGCAAAUGUUGUGCGUAAUGGGGUUAUGACACCUGUUAGUUUAACGUUCACGGUUGGUUUUGUGAUCUACAUACAUACAUGCAUACAUAUACAUACAUACAUACACACACAUACCUACACAUAAUAUAUAUAUAUAUAUACAUAUAUAACAAACUUGGCAAAAACCUAGUGCUUUUCUUAACUGUGUGCGUGCAACUGCAUGUGUGUGUGUGUGAUGAGUGUGUGUUUUAUAACUUUUUGAUAGCUCCUUUACUAUUACUAUAUGAACAAAAAAAAAAAAAAAAACAAGAAAAGCAACAAAGAAACAAACAAAAAAAUCAAACCAAUGUGUUUUCUACUGGGUGGCAGCCCUGAAAUCUAACUGGUACUCAUGCGCAUCCUGUCUCGCUUCCACACACAUGACAUUUCCUAUGCUGCGCAAAAAAGUAAAUUAGUUAAAAUAGAAAUAUAA